GCCAUGGCGUCUGACGCUCUCUUUGCCGGCUCGGGCCGGGGCCCGGGCCCGAGCCCCUCAGUGCGGCUCCCCACGGCGCCCCCGCUGAAGCUGCUGGCCGGGCAGCUGCGGCGCUUUGCCGUAGGCGGGCCCGGGGCCUGGCAGCUGGUCCGGGAGCCGGAGGGCCGAGCUCCGCUGGAGCUGGCGGCCGUGUGGAUGCAGGGCCGAGUGGUGGAAGCGGCGGAGUGGGGCGGCUGGGCGCGGCUGCGGGACCCGAGCGGCUCUUUCACCGUGCGGGGCCUGGAGCGCGUUCCCCAGGGGAAGCCCUGCCUGGCUCCAGGAAAAUAUGUGAUGGUGAUGGGAGUCAUUCAGACCUGCAACCCUGAACCUUGUCUUCAAGCUGUGAAGAUGACAGAUCUUUCUGAAAACCCUAUACAUGAAAGCAUGUGGGAACUGGAAGUAGAAGAUUUGUACAGGAAUAUUCCCUAAGUGCAUUUUAAUAUGUAGUUUAAGCGAACUGGAAUUAUGAGUGUAUUUUGGUACUUACACCUUUUGCAUCUCCUGGGCCUGAUUGGAUUGGCUAGUUUGUGUUUCUCGAAAGUUCCCUAGAGCACUUGGGGUGAAUAGGCUAGAUAUAGAUAACUGGUUUACAGACACAGUGAGAAUUUAGGACAUUUUCAUUCUGUGGCUAUUUCAGCAUAUUCAACGCCAGGAGAAGCAUCCAUUCCCCCUGCUGAGAAUGCUGUUGCUGAUGGAAAGCAGAUGUUUGCUGUGCUUUUUUGUUUUUGUUUUAUUUUAAAAGCACACGAAAACCUCACACUGCAUUUCCCAAAUAUUACAAGUGAUGGUAUUUUUCCAUUACUGCAGAGACCCUGUUUUAGAAUGCAGAAUUUGAAUCCCAGUCAUUGGCUAUGGUGAUUAAAGUGUGGUUAUGGUCAGGAAAACAGACUGUGUAAAAGGAAUGACAUCAUGGCUCCGUUUAUUCUCCAUCAACGACUUCCAGAUCCAGUUUGCAAGUCAAACGACAUUUUUAUAACUGCAGGGCACAAACGGCUGUCUGCAAAAUACAGCUGUCUUUCCUCUUCAAACACCACUGGACCACUGAGCUUUCCCUUAGAUAGGGGCGGUUGCUUCCUUCACUUGGAUACUGUUGAAAUGCUUGAUGAAAGAUGCUAUAAAGAAGAGAGCUAACAUCGAGAUAGAUAUGUGUAUGUGUUCAGGACUCAACUGAAUUGUAGAUGCUUCUUCAUAGCUAUGGACAGGAAUUCUUGCGGGAACAUCCUACUCCCUCUGCUUCUUAUUCCAUAAAAGAACAACAGUGUGGUUUUUAUCUUGUAAAUGUUGAGUUGUGUGUUUGUGUAUUCAUUCUCAUACCUCAUUUUUUCUUUCCUUUUUAAAAUAAAUUUUUACCAGGGCCUUUUGUUUUCACAUUGCCUAAUUUCCCCUCUACAUCUGCUCUCCUUCCCUUCUCCCAGGGAUCCAUUCAUUUAUUUAAUUUUCUUCUUUUAAUUGUAAGCUCCAAGGGGAUAGGAAUUGUAUUUUAUACAUAAUGUAAAGGAAUGGAUGAAUGAAAAAGCAUUUAAAUGUUUAAAAAUGUGCCAAGUACUGUGAUAAGUGCUGAAGAUAUCAAUAAAAAUAUUGAGAUAGUCCCUGUUCUUAAGGAGCUCCCAUUUUAAUUAAGGGAGAUAACAUGUAAAAGAAUUUGGAUGUGAAGCAUGUGGAAAGACUCAAAAGUCCUCAGAGUUAAAGGGUAGUUUGUAUAUACGUUUUGACUUUGAAUGAAUGGGUGAAUGGCAAGCACCUUUGGUCCUUAGGUUAUGUUAUAGAAGUAGAUGCAGGUGACAGUAAUGGGGGAUAUGGGGGUGUAGAGGCAGAGCAGAUGGUGGGAAGGUCUGGUGGUCCAUGAAUGUUGACUCCCAUCUCAUCCAAGUCUUGUGAGCAAACAUGAAGUCCUAGUCAAGACGGAAGGCAAGGAGGGAAAAUAGCUGUCUGGAAUGGGUUCUGGCAUGGAGUUAGCCCAGAGAGGGAGA